AUGUCUGGACACGCGCCCACGGCCGGAUCCGCCGCCGUUGCCUCUGGUGCAUCGACCGCCGCUGGAUCUCGCGAAUCGCCGGAGGGCCUCAACCAGAAAAACCCACCGAGCUCUUCGCCAACGGCUCAGCCGGACAAACCGCUUUUCAGAAGUCGAUCUGGGUACACCUACUACGGCCCCAACGGGGAACGCUUCCGUCACAAGAAAACGGCAGAUCGUGUCCGCCGCGCUAAGAAAUACCACAGAAAAGACAUAAGCCCAUCGGAGUGGGGGAAAUACAACUAUGUUAACUCCACGAUCUGCGAGGACUCGUUCCACAUCAAAGAGACGAUCCCGCGAAUCUACAAACAUGAGACGACUUUAAAAGAUUUUGUGGAGAAAUACGAAAUUCCCUGCAAACCCGUGCUUCUCUGCGGCUGGAUGGCCGAAUGGCCCGGCAUGGUGCGCUGGGAACCGCGCGAGUUGGAACGCCGCUUUCGCUCGGCGCGCUUCAAAGUCGGCGAGAAGGACGACGGCGAAAAAAUCCGAAUGAAAAUGAAGUAUUUCAUUGACUACAUGGAGAACCAGCGCGACGACUCGCCGCUGUAUCUGUUUGAGUCGGCCGUCGAAGAAAAGGCAGACACCUGCGGCCUGCUGGAAGACUGGAAUGUCCCGGAAGUGUUCCCUGUGGAUCUGCAUGCCAUCGUCGGAGAGGAAAGACGACCCCCCCAUCGCUGGUUCUGUGUCGGGCCCAAGCGGAGCGGCACGACAAUCCACGUUGAUCCGCUCGGCACUGCGGCCUGGAACGCGGUGACGCACGGCGUGAAGAGAUGGGCACUUUUCCCUCCUGCUGUCCCGCGUCACGUGGUGAAGGCGAAGCACCUGUUGAAAAAAGGAGAAGACGACGAAGCCAUCAUGUGGUUCGAUUUUCUUCUGCCGCGCAUCCGGGAGAAGUACCCCGACGUCCCUGUCUACGAAUGCAUCCAGAAGCCAGGCGAAGUCAUCUUCGUCCCCGGCGGUUGGUGGCACGCGGUUCUGAACUUGACAGACUGCGUUGCAUGCACGCAGAACUUUGUCUCUUUCUCCUUUCUCACGCCCGCGUGGAGAAGCACGCGCAGGGGCCGAAGGAGAUACGCAGUUCUGUGGAAAGAGCGUUUCCGCCGCUUUUUCCCCGAGGCCGUUGGCCUGGGAGUUCUCGACGACUGCGACGCCAUGGAUGGCUGGGAGGUUCGCGAUGGGAAGUUCUGCCGCAUGCAGGCUCAGCGAGGCGCGUAUUUGUCGGAGACCAGUUCGUCGAGCAGUUCGAGCAGCAGCAGCGACAGUGAGUCCUCCGACGACGAAGACGAGUUGACGGAAAUCGCAAAGAAAGUGAGCAAGAUGCGACAAGGCGUUGAUGCGGACACCUGGGGCCUGUACAGGAAGACCAACGCUGUCUUGUUGCAUCGCAGGAGACAACCUCCAGCGGGAAAUCCGCUCCCAGCAUGCCCUCUCGCUCUCUCUUCUGUUUCUGCGGCUGCUGGGGGACAGAGCAACGCACGAGGACCGGCUUUGUGUGGCGGGGCUGACCGAAAGAAGGAAGACGGGUCCGGGGGGCCAGAAGAAACGGAGACACCUGAGGUGUCUGUACAGCUGGCAGGCCGAGUCGGAUCAAGCGCGAAGCCGACGCGGACAGCUCAGCGCGCGGCGUCGGACUCCGAGGAGAGCAGCGAAGAGGACAGCGAGAGUGAAGAAGAAUCGCAAGGGAGCGGAGAGAAGGGGGGACUCUGUGAACCCCAGCGGAGGCUGAAGAGACGAAGCGGCGGAAAAGAGAGUGAGGAGGGACGGAGCCUAGCCAGUGGCGGCGCUUCGGAAGACCCUGGCGUCAACGGUCGGAAAGAAACGGACGCGAACACUUCCACCGACGCUGCUCAGGAACAACACGUCAAAAAAUCGCGCCUACUCAUCUCCACGGAAUGA